GAUAACGUAGAGACCUACACAUAAGAAAUAAGCGUCUUUCUAUAACCUAAAACCGGUAACACUUAAAUUAAGUUUAAAAAUCGUCUUUAAACAACAAAUAAUGGGUGAAAAACAAUUAUCUUCCGUUGAAACUGAGUUAUACGAUCGUCAAAUUCGUUUAUGGGGAAUUGAAUCUCAAGAGAAAUUGCGAGCCGCUAAUGUUCUUUUACUUGGAGUGAAAGGUUUAGGAUCGGAAGUUACUAAAAAUAUAGUUCUUUCCGGAAUAAAUGCGCUUACAAUAGCCGAUGACGAACUUGUAACUGAACAUGAUUUAGCCGUAAAUUUUCUCUUAACACCAGAUUGUCUUGGGAAAAAGUUAUCAGAAUCAAUCUUAUUAAAGGCGCAAGCUCUUAAUCCGCUUGUAAAAUUAUCCGUUGAAAGUAACAUUAACGAUAAAAAAGAGGAUUAUUUUAAAAACUUUCAAAUUGUUGUUGCUACGGGUUUACAAAUGAAACAGAUUUUAACGAUUUCCGAAUGGUGUAGAAAAAAUAAGGUUAAAUUUAUUUGUGGAGAUGUUUUUGGAAUGUUUGGUUGUACAAUUUCUGAUUUACAAGACCAUGAUUAUUACGAGGAUCGCGUAAAAUUACCUAAAAAGAGAGCACACAGUGGUAAAUCUGUUGAUGCCGAGAUGACAACCGUGAAAAUACACGCGCUCAUUAAAUACCCCAGUUUGAAAAGGGUGUUGAAAUACCCCGAAGAUGGGAAACCAAAAAAAUGUCGAAAUAUUUACUUUUAUUUAAUGCUAGCUUUACUUGAAUUUAGGGAUAAGUUCAAUAGAAAUGUUUCCCGCUCAAAACAAGAUGAAGAUGUAAAUGAGUUGAAAAAAAUGUUUGAGUCCUUAGCAAAAAAAUAUGAAAUAGAUUCUAAUAAGUUGGAUGAAAAUGUUUUCGAGUUGCUUUUUGGCGAAGUGGUUCCCAUUUGUUCUGUUGUUGGGGGAGUUAUUGCCCAAGAAGUAAUUAAAGCCGUUUCAGGGAAAGAAGUUCCAAUUAAUAACGUUUUUAUUUUGAAUCCAUUAAAUUAUUCUGGUAAAGAAGAAACUAUUUGUAAUUAAAUAAGAAUUAUGUCUUAAUUAAACAUUUUCUAAUAAAAAUAUGUCAAUAA